AGUAGCUCAAGUCUGCAACGAACUUGGCACUACCCAACUUCAACUUGAACUUGCUGUUUUGACCACUCUCUCUCUCUCUGGUUAAAGUUAAACUCCCAAAGAUCUGUGUUUUUGUUAGCUCCAAGAGGCUAGUUGCUGGGGAUGCCUUCAUAUUCUUAAGAGGUGAGAAUGGGGAGCUUCGUGUGGGCGUACGGAGAGCGAUGAGACAGCAGGGGAAUGUCCCAUCCUCGGUUAUUUCUAGCCACAGUAUGCAUCUUGGGGUUCUUGCAACUGCUUGGCAUGCCAUCUUGACAGGAACCAUAUUCACUGUUUAUUAUAAACCGAGGACUAGUCCUGCUGAGUUCAUUGUUCCAUACGACCAAUAUAUGGAAUCUCUAAAGAAUAAUUACACCAUAGGAAUGCGGUUUAAAAUGAGGUUUGAAGGUGAAGAGGCUCCGGAACAGAGGUUUACUGGUACCAUUGUUGGAAUAGAAGAUGCUGACUCAAAAAGGUGGCCUGAAUCAAAAUGGAGAUGCCUCAAGGUGAGAUGGGAUGAAACAUCUAACAUUCCCCGUCCAGAGAGGGUUUCCCCUUGGAAAAUAGAGCCUGCUCUUGCUCCUCCAGCUCUGAACCCUCUUUCCUAUAUUCAGAUCUUCUUUCAGGCUUUGUUUUUUGGUGGCUACUGAUGUUUUUUGUUUUGUUCAGUUUCUUGAAAAGUUGAAGUACUUAAAUCGUUGCUCAGUCUUCAAACUCUUGCGAGUAAAUUGGGGAUGAAUUUCUGCGAUUUAUUGGCAAGAGUUUCAAGACUGAACAAAAGAAACAUCACACCGUUACUGUCCUUGCAAACCUUUUUUCCAUGCCAGACUUCUACAAUGCUGGAGCUAUGCUCAUAGCCUUGGUUGAUAAAUGGGAGAGUUUCCAUUGGACAACAUCUCCAACGUAACACUCUCAAUGAAUAAGGGCUAUGAGAGUUUUGCGUUGGAGAUGUUGUCCAAUGGAAACUCUCCCAUUUAUCAACCAAGGCUAUGAGCAUAGCUCCAGCAUUGUACAAGUAUGGCAUGGAAAAAAGGUGACGUUUGCAAGGACAGUAACGGUGUGAUGUUUGUUUUGUUCAGUUUCUUGAAAAGCUGACAACAAAUCAAGGAGAAGUCAUUUAAUUAUACUUAAUUGAUAGAAUAAUAGAUGCAUUAUCAAAUUCAUAUUUUUGUUUGAUCAAUAAACCUAUUCUUGGGGUUUUA